AAUAACAAACGGAAAUAACAACGCAACACCUCUGCAGCAGGAGCCAUGUCAAUGUCACCGCUGAGGCACAUUAAAAAAAGUUCAAAGUUUUCGUAAGAAAGAGAAGGACACAAAAUUAAAGAAUCAUUUUAAAUGAACUUGUCUCUGUCAUGUUGUCCUCAGUCAUCCCCAUUGGGAGUAAUAUAAACAGACAUCAGAUAUAUCUUUAAAUGGAGGAACUCGUUUGGUUUUUCAAAUCAGUACAGUGAGGCAGAACUUUACUCAUGUAGAGUUAUUUCCCUUCAUUUUACUCAUCCCCAGCCAGUGUCCUCCCUCAACACCGCCCAUCUCCUGCUGGAGAGGAUGGGUGUGGAUGCACAGUGUCAAAUUACAGACACAUCACAGACCUGCUCAACAGGCCCCUCUCCCGCUGCCUCUGCACUUUGAUUGGUUGAGACCCAACGGCUACAUUUAACCACCCAGUUUCCUGCAUGGCAAAUAUUUCUUUUUUUUUUUUUUUUUGUGAGAGAGGAAAUGACAUCAGAGCACCAAGACCUGCCACAAAUACACUGAAAACAGAUGAGGAACAAACGUCUUUCAGAUGGCUUUUUGACUGACAAAGUUCAACCUCUGUUGGCAAAAAGGAACCUGUGAGGCAAAACAUUCGGGCCACAAACAGCUUUAUGAAACGGCCCCUGUGAUGUCUGGACGCGAAGAGACUCCACGAGGCUCUGCACGUCAAAGCGGGACUGUUGUUUUCUUCUCAAACCCUUUGAUGAGUGAUGCUGAGUCAGACUGGUCUCCAAUUCACGAUGCUGCCUUUAACGGACGUGUCCUGGCUCUGCAAAAACUCAUUGCACAGGGUACAUGUGUAAAUAUGAGCACUCUGGACCAGGUUUCUCCCCUCCAUGGAGCGUGUAAACAAGGCCACGUGGCUUGUGCCAAGCUUCUGAUGGAAAAUGGGGCAAAUGUAAACAGUUCAACAGUGGAUGGACAAACCCCCCUGUCAGAAGCUUGCGCCCAGGGCCAUGCGACCUGUGCAUCGCUGCUCCUUCAGCACGGGGCGACUCCCUUAGGGACCAGCCUGUCCAGCUCCCCAAUCCACAGGGCUGCAGCAAAAGGUCACCCAGAGUGCAUCGAGCCCCUUGUUCAGCACGGUGCAGAUGUGGAUCAGUAUAUCGAGCAGUCAGGGCCCCCUCUACACACUGCCUGCUCCAAUCAGCAUCUGAGUACUGUGAAGAAACUGCUUGAACUUGGUGCUAGUGUGAACAGCAGUGUGUCUGGUGACUCGCCGCUGCACAUCGCUGCCCGCCUCUCCAGCCCUGAGCUGGUGUCUGUCCUGCUCGACCACGGGGCCAAUCAUUCCCUCAGGAACUCGGAGGGCAAACUGCCCCUGGACCUCGUACCUCCCGACAGCCUGGUGGAGAGACUGUUGAGACAAGCAGGAGGAGUGUCUCCUCUAAUGCAGCUGUGCCGGCUGCGCAUCAGGAAAACUGUGGGCAAACGGAGGCUGGAUGGGCUUCACGACCUUCACCUUCCCACACAAGUGAAACAGUAUCUCCUCUACCAAUCAAACCGAGGGGAAGAUCAAAUGCACUGAUCAGCUCAGACUUUCAGUGGGAGAUUCUGAGUACUUCACUUCGAGGUCAGCAGGGGGUGUACUUGUAUAAUCUUAGCAGUGAGAAGACCACAUAAUGACUCUUGAUGGCGACAGUAAUUAACUGGAAUUCUCCACUGUGACAAAUCUCUGUAAACAAACUGAUUCUCAAGAUCAGUCUUGUCUUUUAAGUGUAAACAUGAAGGUCUCGGAGCAAGUUUAUGUGAUGAAAUAUUCAUUAACAAUAACCUAUACAUAUUUAAAAUGAGAAUAUGAGCUCAUAAAUUCUAAUAAAUGUUGCAAAAUUAAUGUUAAAGUGUAAUAUGCUGAAACAAUAUUUGUUUUAAAUUAGAAGUCUCCACAUUCAGCUAGUAUUGCAGUUUCUGUUCUGCUGCUGUAUUGAGAUUUGUUUUCCAUGACAUGACAGAUCACACAAAUGUAUUUGUUUACACUCUAAUCAUCAUGACAAUAGAUAAUAAGAAAAUGGGGGCAAUUUUUUUCUACGAAUGUCAAAUUAAAGAUAUCAGAUACCGUCUCAGGCUGGAUAGGAAAUACAUGUAGCUGGGGGGGAGGCUGCUAGAUUUUCUAAUCAUUUCAAGCACAGUCAUAUUCUGCUGAGUCAUGAUAACUAGUACUUAUGAGUCAGCAUCCAGUUCAUAUAAACCAUGAGAGAUUUGAGUGUGCAGAAAAUCCCCUUUUUCUUUCUUUGCCUUUUCUUUUCCUUUACUUUAGUUUUUGGUUUCUGCCGUGUUGUUUUGAUUGUAAAGCAGUAAUAGAACAUUAUAUACAUAUAUACAUACUGAUAUGGAAUAGUCUGUAUUUGUAGGGCCACAUACACUGUGAACUGUAUGACUAUAAAGGACUGUACAAUUUGCUCAU